AUGGCGGGGGCCAAGGAGGGCGGGGGAGAGGGCAGCCUCGGGGAGCUGGUUCCCCCCUCUCACGGGCCGCCGCAGAACCCCUCGCAGGGGUUCCCCGCGGAGCUGUCUCCUGGCAGGAGCAGGCCGCUGCCGGCAGAGCUCAGCCUGCCUCACGGAGAGGUGGAGCAGGAGGAAGAAGAGGAAGAAGAGGAAGAAGAGGAGCCACAGGAAACAGAGGGUCAGUUUGAUGGGGUGUUGGAUGAAGACACCGUGGCUGAGGGACUCCACGAGCUGGGGCGCUCAGCCUCUGGUGUCGGAUACGUUUAUCUUAAUCUGGCUCUUUCUGGUCGUGAGUUAAGUGACAUUAACAUUCUCUCCAGAUACAUUCACCUGCAGAAGCUGGAACUUUCACAUAAUAAAAUUAAUGAUCUUUCUUGUAUCAGUCACAUGCCUCACUUACUGGAACUGAAUGCUUCCAACAAUGAGUUAACUACAUAUUUUGCUUUUAAACCACCUACAAGUCUCAAGGAAGUAGAUUUUUCACACAAUCAAAUACCUCAAAUGCAAGAUUUGUCAGCAUACCAGUCCCUUACCAAACUCCUGCUGGAUUUUAAUAACAUAGAGGAGAUAAGAGGACUGGAGAAGUGUCACAGUCUGACUCACCUGAGUUUGUCACACAACAGACUCACUGCAAUCAGUGGCCUGGAGAAUUUACCUAUCAAAAUCCUCAACCUGAGCUCUAACCAGAUAGAGAAGAUAACAGGCUUAAACAACUUGAAAACUCUACAGAACCUGGACCUAUCUAGAAAUAAAAUAACUAGUCUAGAAGGCUUGGAGGAACAUGAUCUACUAGAGGUCAUCAACCUAGAGAAUAACCAGAUUGCUGACCUGAGUGAACUUGAACACAUUGAAGAUCUGCCUCUCCUCAGAGUUCUAAAUCUUUUAAAUAAUCCUGUACAGAAGCAAACAGAUUAUUGGCUCCUGGUGAUUUUCAUGUUGCUUCGACUAACAGAGCUGGAUCUCCAGAAGAUUUCAGUGAAAGAAAAGGUUGCUGCUGUGAAUAAAUAUGAUCCUCCUCCAGAACUUGUUGCUGCUGAAGAUCAUAUGAAUCAUGUGAUGUACAGCAUGCUGCAGCCCCUGAGAGUCUUGGACAGCACUUUACCUAGUCUUGAUACUCCCUACCCCAUGCUGGUGUUAGCUGGUCCUCUAGCCUGUGGCAAGAGAGAACUUACUCUGAAGAUCUGCAAACAGUUCAACAAUUUCUUCAGACAUGGUCCCUGUCACACCACUAGGAGAGCUUAUUUUGGUGAAGAAAACAGACUUGAUUACUACUUCAUAUCCCAAGAAGCAUUUGGCAAAAUGGUGAACACAGGGAAGUUCAUACUAACCUACAAACACAGUGACUAUUACUAUGGACUUGCAAGAGACACUGUAGAAUCAGUUGCCAGAGAGGGGCUUGCAACCUGUGUUCACUUAGAAAUAGAGGGUGUUCAUAGCUUGAAAAAAACCUACUUUAAACCCAGAUAUAUCCUGGUGGUACCAACAGACAAAGAGAAAUAUGAGGGACACCUGAGGAGGAAAGGAAUAUUCAGCAGGCCAGAGAUUGAAGAGGCAGUCUCCAGAGUGGACAUGUACAUCAGGAUUAGUGAGGAUGUUCCAGGAUACUUUGAUGCAGUAGUCUGUGCAAAUGACCUGGAGGAGGCUUUCACAGAGCUGAGUUUCCUUGUCAAGGCAUACCUGGGUUUGGAGCCACCUGUGACUUCUGAGAGCACUCAGGACUUGGAGAGCAGAGCAGAAGCAGGUUCAAGCAGACAGCCCUUGCAAGAGCAAAGAUUGUCACCUGGUGGAGUCAUCACUGGAACUCCUCAGUCUUCAUCUGUCAAUGAGUUCUUGGACUCUUCUGCCAAAAACUAUCCUGGAGGGAUCUUGGAUAAUCCUGCUGCACAACUGCACGCUGUGGAAGAAGCUUCUCUCCAAAGACGCCACUCGGCAGCACGUCAGGCUCUGUCAGAGAAGGCCCCUGGUGCUUAUGUCCAGCUCUUUCAAAGGGACCUGGCAGUCACUGCUGCACCCGACAGCUUCCAUCAACAAUUACUGGAACCACCACUACAUUCUUCUCUGCUCUCAGAUGGAAGGAGCACCACCCAAGACCAGAGCUUCCCCCUGAGCACCCCCCAGAGCCGAAAGAGUAAACUAAAAAAAAUCAACAAGGGCUGCAGAGAGUCUAGUCCUGGUGCUGGACAACUUCUGACCCCAGCUGGAGCAGCUGCUGGUGAAGGUCUGCUGGUUCGGAGCCCGGUUCCUCGUGCUCGUCUCCCUGGAGAAGCCAAAGCUGAGCAUCAAGACCCAAGAGGAGCUGAAAAUGGGGUGGACAGAUUGAAAGAGCCUGAGCUCCCCAGUGACAAUCUUCAGAGAAAUCACAGCAAGUCCAAGACUGGUUCUCCUCAUGUGCCUCAGCUCCUCAACCGUCCAGUCUCCCAAUCCAAACCUGUCCUACCCCCAAUCCCAUCUGGGAGGAAAAGGACCAACCCCUGAUAGCCAAGUCUUUGUCUUGAGCCUUAAUUUAACACCACAUCUCUCCCUUUAACAGGAAUAUAUUUCUCUUCACCCCAGAAAACUCUAUCAAAUCUUAUUUCUAAAUCCAUUUCUGAUUAACUCCCAUCCCCCCUUCCCAAUAAGUUAUUUAUUUAUAACUUUAUUAAAAAGGAAUUUCUGCAUUUCCCAAAGCUAGAAAUUAUUUCCCCAGGCACUCUCAGAUGGGAAAUGGUGCAGAUUUUUUUUUUUCCUAACAGCCACAAAACUGGAUCUUCCAUUAAUUUCUCUCUUUCCUCCCCCUCCUGUAUCAUAGAUUUAAUUGAGGUGUGGAAGCAUCAAUAUUGUCAGCACCAGUGAAUUAUUUUUCAAGAAGGACUUUGUGAAACCUUCAGGGUUAAGUUGGGAGCAAAAAACUAAUUCCAGGUAUUUUUCAUUUUUUUGUAAAGAGCUGUGGAGGGUUUUUUUAGGGAAUGAGGCAGAUUUCUUUGAUUUUUAAGUGUAUUUAAGCAACCUCUUAAGGAGUCGUCAGAAAACCAAGAUCUUAGGGUUAUUGAGGAGCUGAGGCUGAAGGAGGGUGUGAAGAUUUGGUUUUUCUGUCUGUGGGGCAGAGCCCUGACAAGUAAUUAAAACACUGGAGUUAA